UGCAUAUCAUUGCAGUUGCAGCAGGAGCAACACCACCACCACCAUCAUCAUCACAAGCAAUCUCAUGAUAAGCGCACUGCCCAUGUCCAACCUCCACGACGCCGGAAAUGCCCAGGACCACGAUGCCUCGCCGUCGCCGCCCAACAAGCGUCUCCGCAGGUCGCCGGCGCCGGAGCCCACCUCCGUGCUCUACAACCGCAGCCCCAGCCCACCCACCUCAUCCUCUCUCGCCUCCUCCUCCGCGCCAGAACCGCCGCCCAUCAGCGCCGAGGAUUGGGAGGCCGUCCUCUCCGGCGACAUGGCCGCGCGCUCUCAAGACAGCUGCUUGUUUCUACCCUGGAUCAUGGAGGACGACGACACCCAAGCCGACGCCUUUCUUGCUCCGCCGCCGCUGUGCCAAGAGCCCGCCAUCGAUCCCUUCUUGCUCCCGCUCCCCGUGGCCGAGGACCUCCAGCCUCAGGCGGUGGUGGACGAGCUCCUCGAGGCGGCGCGCCGCGCCGACUCCGGGGACACGACUGGCGCGCGCGAGAUAUUGGCGCGGCUCAAUCAUCGCCUCACCUCGCCGCCGCUGGGAGUGGGACACCCUCCUCUCCUCCGGGCUGCCGCUCACCUCCGGGACGCGCUCCUGCGUCUCCUCGUCCCGCCCGGCCCCGGCUCCGCCGUCUCCUCCCCGCUCGACGUCGCGCUCAGGCUCGCCGCGCACAAGGCCCUGGCGGACGCGUCCCCGACCGUCCAGUUCGCCAGCUUCACGUCCACGCAGGCGCUCCUCGACGCGCUCGGCGCCGCGCGCCGCGUGCACGUGGUCGACCUCGACGUCGGCUUUGGCGCUCGGUGGCCGCCGCUCGUGCAAGAGCUCGCGCUCCAGUGGCGCCGGGCAUUCGCCGCUCAGCUACUGCCGCCGCCGAGCAUCAAGCUGACGGCAUUGGUCUCGCCGGGGUCAGCGCACCCCGUGGAGCUCCGCCUCACGGACGAGAGCCUGACGCGCUUCGCCGCCGACCUCGGCAUCAGGUUCGAGUUCGACGCCGUGGUGUUCGACCCCCUGGACCCGUCCCCGCCCGUGGGCGUGUCCGCCGCCGCGCCCGGCGAGGCCGUCGCCGUCCACCUCCCUCUCGGCUCCGGGACCUUCUCGCCGGCGCCGGCGACUCUCCGCGUCGUGAAGCAGCUCCGGCCCGCCAUCGUGGUGUGCGUCGACCACGGGUGCCACCGCGGCGACCUGCCGCUGCCGCAUCACGCCCUCAACGUCGUGCGCUCCGGCGCGGCGUUCCUCGAGUCGCUGGACGCGGCCGGCGCGCCGGCGGACGCGGUGGCGAAGGUCGAGCAGCACAUUCUGCGUCCAAGGGUGGGGCGCCUGUUGCUCAGCGACAGGAUGGCGCCAUGGCGGACCAUGUUUGCGUCCGCCGGAUUCGCACCGGUGCAACUGAGCAGCGCCGCCGAGGCACAGGCCGAAUGCCUUGUCCGGCGCACGCCCACGCCGGGCUUCUAUGUCGUGAAGCGGCAGGAGGCUCUUGCGCUGCGGUGGCAGCAGUCGGAGCUGGUGACGGUGUCGGCGUGGCGGUGCUGAACGAAGGUGAAAUAAAUAAUUCGGAACAGUUGCUGUAAAUUCUCUCUAUAUAUAUUAUAUAUCUUUUCCAAAGAUUGAAUGAUCUUUUUUUCAUGCUGUAGUGCGUGGAGUAUAUAUGUAUUUGCUGAUUAACUUGCAUUGUGUUUGAUGUAAUUAGUGCCUAUUAGGAUAGAUAUAAUUAAGUCCUGCUACAAGGCAAGUGCGUUUGGCUAAUAUAAUAGUGUGUAGCACUAACCAUCCAAUGUCAAAGCUUGAAGAUACUUCUCAUCAGUCAUGAACAAUAAUAGACAUGGAUGUGAUGUGCAUGACUUACCAGUAAACAAGGAAAUGUUUAUGUU